AGCAAGGUCAUCCAAACGCGAUUAUUUGAAUGUUUACUUUUUAGACUUAAACUCUAGCCGGCUCAUUAUGAAAAUUAUAAAAAACAUAUUACUAAAGAAUAGUAUUUAUGGCCAAUUUAAAAUAAUACGCAAUAAAUCAACUGUCAAAAUAGUAGAAGUGGGUCCUAGGGAUGGGCUACAAAACGAACCAGUCAAUAUACCUACCGACAUAAAAAUCGAGUUUAUCAACAGGCUUUCUGAUACAGGACUGAAAUCGAUUGAAGCAACAAGUUUUGUCAGCCCAAAAUGGGUACCACAGAUGGGCGAUAAUGAAGAAGUGUUCCUAAAAAUUAAUAAACGUAACGACAUUUCCUAUCCCGUUUUAGUACCGAAUUUACUUGGAUUAACUUCAGCGCUUAAGGUUGGUGCCAAAGAGAUAGCAGUAUUUGCAUCAGCGUCUGAAGGUUUUGCCAAGAAGAACACUAACUGUUCAGCAGAAGAGGGGGUUAAUAGAAUAUUACCAGUAAUAAAACAAGCAAAGGAAAAUGGUCUACAAAUUCGAGGUUAUGUUUCAUGUGUGGUUGGAUGUCCUUAUGAUGGACCUGUAAAACCUUCAGCUGUUGCCAAGAUAGCAGAAACUCUACUCAACCAUGGUUGCUAUGAAGUAUCACUGGGAGACACUAUUGGUGUUGGAACCAAAACAACAAUAGAGAAUAUGAUUAAAGAACUUCUAAUUGUUGCCCCAGCAAAGAAGUUUGCUUUACACUGCCAUGAUACCUAUGGUCAAGCUCUAGUCAACAUAUUUAUAGGGUUACAAUAUGGAAUAGAUGCUAUUGAUUCGUCCGUUGCUGGGCUAGGGGGCUGCCCUUAUGCCAAAGGAGCAAGUGGGAAUGUUGCCACUGAAGAUUUGGUUUACAUGUUGGAAGGUCUUGGUGUAGACACUGGAAUCGACAUGACUAAACUUAUCCAAGCAGGACGAUUCAUCACUGACUAUAUCAAAAAGCUACCUGUUUCCAAAGUGAAUAAUGCAUUAUAUCCUAAGCUAUACCAGCUUUAAUUCAUUGAUUAUGC